AUGAACGCGCCGCUGGACGGCCUGUCGGUGAGCUCGUCCUCCACCGGCUCGCUGGGCUCGGCGGCCGCGGCGGGCGGCGGCGGGGGCGCGGGGCUGCGGCUGCUGUCGGCCAACGUGCGGCAGCUGCACCAGGCGCUCACGGCGCUGCUGAGCGAGCCCGAGCGCGAGCAGUUCACGCACUGCCUGAACGCGUACCACGCGCGCCGCAACGUCUUCGACCUGGUGCGCACCCUGCGCGUCCUGCUGGACAGCCCGGUCAAGCGGCGCCUGCUGCCCAUGCUGCGUCUGGUCAUCCCGCGCUCCGACCAGCUGCUCUUCGAUCAGUACACCGCCGAGGGCCUCUACCUGCCCGCCAACACCCCCUACCGGCCGCCGGUCUGGAGCGGCCCCGACGGCGCGGGGCCGGGGGAGGUGCGGCUGGUGAGCCUGCGGCGCGCCAAGGCCCACGAGGGCCUGGGCUUCAGCAUCCGCGGGGGCUCGGAACACGGCGUGGGCAUCUACGUGUCGCUCGUGGAGCCCGGCUCCCUGGCGGAGAAGGAAGGGCUGCGGGUCGGGGACCAGAUUCUCCGUGUCAAUGAUAAAUCUCUGGCCCGUGUGACCCACGCUGAGGCCGUUAAGGCUUUGAAGGGCUCCAAGAAGCUGGUGUUGUCUGUGUACUCAACAGGGCGUAUUCCUGGAGGAUAUGUCACCAACCACAUCUACACUUGGGUGGACCCACAGGGCCGCAGCACCUCCCCGCCAUCAGGCCUGUCCCAGCCCCAUGGGAGCAUCUUGAGACAGCAUGAGAGUGACCGAAGGAGUGCCCUCCACCUUCUACAGGGUGGAGAUGAGAAAAAGGUGAACCUGGUACUGGGGGACGGCCGGUCUCUGGGCCUCACGAUCCGCGGAGGAGCUGAGUACGGCCUUGGCAUUUACAUUACUGGUGUGGACCCAGGCUCUGAAGCAGAAAGCAGCGGGCUUAAGGUUGGAGACCAGAUUCUGGAGGUGAACGGGCGGAGCUUUCUCAGCGUCCUGCAUGACGAGGCGGUGAAGCUGCUCAGGGCCUCCAGGCACCUCAUGCUAACGGUGAAGGACGUCGGAAGGCUGCCCCACGCACGCACCACCGUGGACGAGACCAAGUGGAUUGCCAGUUCUCGGAUCGGGGAGAGCACUACCGGCUCUGCAGGUCUUCCCGGGGGCCUCACAACGGAGGGGACCAACAAGCCAGGAUUUUACAAGGGUCCAGCAGGCUCCCAGGUGACCCUGAGUAGCCUGGGAAACCAGACACGUGCCCUGUUGGACGAGCAGGCCCGGCACCUGCUAACGGAGCAGGAGCAUGCCACCAUGGCCUACUACGUGGACCAGUACCGUGGUGGCAGUGUCUCCGUGGAGGCCCUCGUCAUGGCGCUAUUUGAACUGCUCAACACACAUGCCAAGUUCUCACUCCUAUCUGAGGUGAGAAGCACCAUCUUCCCACAAGACCUGGACCGCUUUGACCACCUCGUGCUGAGGCGGGAGAUUGAGUCCAUGAAGGCGCGACAGCCCCCUGGCCCUGGGGCCGGGGACACCUACUCCAUGGUGUCCUGCAGUGACACAGGCUCAUCCACGGGCAGCCAUGGCACCUCCACUACCGUCAGCUCGGCCAGGGAGCGGCUGCUGUGGCUUAUAGACCUGAUGGAGAAUACACUAGACCUGGAGGAUACUGGUGAGGCCACCCAAGGCAGUGUCAACACCCUGCCGGACGUGUCUGUGGAUGACAUCAAAUCCCCCUCUGAAGGGCUUCCUGGUGUCCAGCCACCACCUCCCCCACCACCUCUGGUCCAAGGCCAUGACCACCUGCUUGGCAAGUCACAGAAACCAGGGAAGGAGGACCCUCUGCCUCCCUCCUCUGCAUCCUCCCACUCGGGCAUCACCUUCUCAGCACCACGGAACCGCAGCCCGCCACUGGGCACUGCACCUACCCCAGGGGGCUCCUCGGCACAAGACUCGCCCUCCUCUCCUAUCUAUGCCUCUGUCUCCCCUGCCAAUCCUGUCUCUAGAAGGCCACUGGAUGCCCACCUGGCUUUGGUCAACCAGCACCCCAUCGGCCCCUUCCCUAGGGUCCAGUCCCCUCCGCACCUGAAGAGCCCAUCUGUAGAGUCUUCAGCGACUGGGGGCUGCCUUCCGUCACCAUCACCUUCUGAGCACCCAGACCCCACGGGUGCAAACCAGCACUUCGUCCUGGUGGAGGUCCACCGGCCCGACAGCGAGCCUGAUGUGAAUGAAGUGCGGGCCCUGCCCCAGACACGCACAGCCUCCACACUCUCCCAGCUCUCAGACAGUGGGCAGACCCUAAGCGAGGACAGUGGCGUAGAUGCCGGGGAGACUGAGGCCAAUGCCCCAGGCCGAAGCAGACAGACAACCUCCACCAAGAACAAGAGUGGCAAGGAGCUGCCUCGGACAGAGAGGACAACAGAGGGCGCCAACAAACCGCCUGGCCUCCUGGAGCCUACAUCCACCCUGGUCCGCGUGAGGAAAAGUGCAGCCACCCUGGGCAUCGCCAUCGAGGGUGGUGCUAACACACGCCAGCCCCUCCCCAGGAUCGUCACAAUUCAGCGAGGGGGCUCAGCCCACAACUGUGGACAGCUGAAGGUGGGCCAUGUGAUCCUGGAGGUGAAUGGCCUGACGCUUCGGGGCAAGGAGCAUCGCGAGGCUGCCCGCAUCAUUGCAGAGGCUUUCAAGACCAAGGACCGGGACUACAUCGACUUUCUGGUCACUGAGUUCAACGUGAUGCUCUAGGAGCCAGGCCCAGGGGGCCUCCCACCACUGCCCAGUCCCUGGUCAUCUACCCUCCCCCAGGUUCCUCAAGGGGUCAGGGCGACAGGCCAGGUCACAGGCAGCCUCCCCCAAUACACACAAAUUCCAUGCAGACCCACUGGACCAGACUGGGAGAAGACAGCUAAGCAAGGCAAGCAGAAGUCCAAACCUGUGUGCCAGUACACAGUAGGUGCUCAAUACAAGUAGGUUAUAGGAAGGGCAGGCACCUGCCUCUCUGUGUUGGGUAGGGGCUUACUGCUGCCACCUCUACCCCAGGUGCCUGGGUCUUUGUUGUGAAGUGACAGCAGAGCUCAGAGACAUGGCUUCGUGCCAGGGGGCAUCUUGCAGGACCUUCAGUGCCACAAACAAGCAUCGAGCACACCCAUUUUUACCCCCUUCCUCCUGGCUCUGCGUCCCCAUGGUAUUUAUUUAUUUCCCUCCCUGGACUCCAGGAACCAAGGCCCCAGCUUCCCUCCUGAACCCCAGCCUAUUCCAGAGGCCUUGCAGGCGACCAGCAAUGUCAGUGUAUUUAUAUACAGAGCUUAUGACUUUAAUUUUUCAAUAAAGAAAUCUGAACAACG